CUGCAGGGGAGGAGGGGCGGUGGCCGGGCCGCGAGCACCUCUCUCCCGGGAGGCCUGAACCACGGGGGCUGCCCGGGGCUUGGCCUCCCAGCCUGCAGAGCCGCCUCCCAGCCUGCCCCUGGGGAGGGGCCACCUGGUGUCAAUUAAGCCCCAGUCACUCGGCCGCACCACGCCGGGCGGCUGAUUAGUGCCGCUGGCUUCUCCAGAUGGGGCGCACCGACUGAGGGGGACGCGCCAGGCCCGUGAGGCCUCUCCCAGCCCAGCCGCUCCGCAAGUCCCGGAUCUGGUCUGCAUCCAGCAAGCCGGUGACCGAGAAGAGCCGGCAUCCAUCACGCGUCACCUCUAGACACGUCCCCAGACGCUCUCCCCGGCCCGCCUGACCUGUGGCUCGGGGACACGUCCCACUGCUCGGCCCUGCUUCCUCGGAGAGCAGGCGGGGACGCAGACGCGUGAAAUCAUGCCACCGAGGGCCACCAGGCCGUGAGCGGGUGACUAAGACCUGACGUCAGAGACGGCGAGGCUGCACCCUCUGGGCAGAGCUGCACCCUGGCCCCUCCUGGAGGACCCGCCUUGGCUCCGUAGGUGUCGGGGUCCCCGGGCAGGACCCCUGGCUGCCAGACGCCAUGGAAGAGCACAUGUUUGGGGUUCAGCAGAUCCAGCCCAACGUCAUCUCCGUCCGCCUCUUCAAACGCAAAGUCGGGGGCCUGGGGUUCCUGGUGAAGGAGCGGGUCAGCAAGCCCCCCGUGAUCAUCUCGGACCUGAUCCGGGGCGGCGCGGCCGAGCAGAGCGGCCUGGUCCAGGCUGGGGACAUCAUCCUCGCCGUCAACGGCCGGCCCCUGGUGGACCUGAGCUAUGACAGUGCCCUGGAGGUGCUCCGGGGCAUUGCCUCCGAGACCCACGUGGUCCUCAUCCUGAGAGGCCCCGAGGGCUUCACCACGCACCUGGAGACCACCUUCACUGGGGACGGGACCCCCAAGACCAUCCGGGUGACGCAGCCCCUGGGUCCGCCCACCAAAGCCGUCGAUCUGUCCCAGCAGCCGUCGGCCAGCAAAGAGCAGCUGCCGGCAGGGGCUGGGGCCCCGGGUCCCGGGAACGGCCCCCAGUGUGCCCAGGACCACGGGCCGGAAGCCAGCGCGCUGUCCCACGCCAAUGGCCUGGCCCCCAGGCCGCCCAGCCAGGACCCUGCCAGGAAGAGUAGCAAGGUCGGCCCCCCGGGCAGCCAGGAGCCCAGUGAACUGCUCAGAGAGAUAGAACCCGUGCUGAGCCUCCUCACCAGUGGAAGGGCACCCGCCCCGGCCGAGACCAGAGACACGGGGGUCCAGGUGGACAGGGACUUGGACGGCAGGUCACACAGAGCUCUGCCCCUCGGCGGGGAGAAGGACCGUGUCCUCAGUGACCUGUGGGGGAAGGGCAACACGCCCGUGGUCCUCAACAACCCGUACUCGGAGAGGGAGCAGCCCCCUGCCUCGGGGAAACAGUCCCCCACGAAGAACGGCAGUCCCUCCAAGUGCCCCCGCUUCCUCAAGGUCAAGAACUGGGAGACGGACGUGGUUCUCACCGACACCCUCCACCUGAAGAGCACCCUGGAAACGGGCUGCACGGAGCACAUCUGCAUGGGGUCCAUCAUGCUGCCUUCUCAGCACACCCGGAGGCCCGAGGACGUGCGCACCAAGGACCAGCUCUUCCCCCUCGCCAAAGAGUUCAUUGAUCAGUACUACUCAUCGAUUAAAAGAUUUGGCUCCAAAGCACACAUGGAAAGACUGGAAGAGGUGAACAAGGAAAUCGAAAGCACCAGCACGUACCAGCUCAAGGACACAGAGCUCAUCUACGGGGCCAAGCAUGCCUGGCGGAACGCCUCCCGCUGCGUCGGCAGGAUCCAGUGGUCCAAGCUGCAGGUGUUCGAUGCCCGCGACUGUACCACGGCUCACGGGAUGUUCAACUACAUCUGCAACCACGUCAAGUAUGCCACCAACAAAGGGAACCUCAGGUCGGCCAUCACCAUUUUUCCCCAGAGGACGGACGGCAAGCACGACUUCCGAGUGUGGAACUCCCAGCUCAUCCGCUACGCCGGCUACAAGCAGCCGGACGGCUCCACCCUGGGGGACCCAGCCAACGUGGAGUUCACGGAGAUCUGCAUCCAGCAAGGCUGGAAGCCCCCGCGGGGCCGCUUCGACGUGCUUCCGCUCCUGCUGCAGGCCAACGGCAAUGACCCGGAGCUUUUCCAGAUCCCGCCAGAGCUGGUGCUGGAAGUACCCAUCAGACACCCCAAGUUUGACUGGUUCAAGGACCUGGGCCUCAAGUGGUACGGCCUCCCCGCCGUGUCCAACAUGCUUCUGGAGAUCGGCGGCCUGGAGUUCAGCGCCUGUCCCUUCAGCGGCUGGUACAUGGGCACGGAGAUUGGUGUCCGCGACUACUGUGAUAACUCACGCUACAACAUCCUGGAGGAAGUAGCCAAGAAGAUGAACCUGGACAUGAGGAAGACGUCAUCCCUGUGGAAGGACCAGGCGCUGGUGGAGAUCAACAUCGCCGUCCUCUACAGCUUCCAGAGUGACAAAGUGACCAUCGUCGACCACCACUCUGCCACCGAGUCCUUCAUUAAGCACAUGGAGAACGAAUACCGCUGUCGCGGGGGCUGCCCGGCCGACUGGGUGUGGAUCGUGCCCCCCAUGUCUGGCAGCAUCACCCCCGUCUUCCACCAGGAGAUGCUGAACUACAGACUCACACCCUCCUUCGAAUACCAGCCUGACCCUUGGAACACCCAUGUGUGGAAAGGUACCAACGGAACCCCCACGAAGAGGCGAGCCAUCGGCUUCAAGAAGCUGGCCGAAGCUGUCAAGUUCUCGGCCAAGCUGAUGGGGCAGGCAAUGGCCAAGAGGGUCAAAGCCACCAUCCUCUAUGCCACGGAGACGGGCAAGUCGCAAGCCUACGCCAAGACCUUGUGUGAGAUCUUCAAACACGCCUUUGAUGCCAAGGUGAUGUCCAUGGAAGAAUAUGACAUUGUGCACCUAGAGCACGAGACUCUGGUCCUGGUGGUCACCAGCACCUUCGGCAAUGGAGACCCCCCUGAGAAUGGGGAGAAAUUCGGCUGUGCGCUAAUGGAAAUGAGGCACCCCAACUCUAUGCAGGAGGAGAGGAAGUACCCGGAACCCUUGCGUUUCUUUCCCCGUAAAGGGCCUUCCCUCCCCCACGGUGACACUGAAGUCCACGGUCUGGCUGCAGCCCGUGACAGCCAGCACAGGAGCUACAAAGUCCGAUUCAACAGCGUCUCCUCCUACUCCGACUCACGCAAGUCAUCGGGCGACGGGUCUGACCUCAGAGACAACUUUGAGAGCGCUGGACCCCUGGCCAACGUGAGGUUCUCGGUGUUCGGCCUCGGCUCCCGGGCCUACCCACACUUCUGUGCCUUCGGACACGCGGUGGACACCCUCCUGGAAGAACUGGGAGGGGAGAGGAUCCUGAAGAUGAGGGAGGGGGACGAGCUCUGUGGGCAGGAGGAGGCGUUCAGGACCUGGGCCAAGAAGGUCUUCAAGGCGGCCUGCGACGUGUUCUGUGUCGGGGACGACGUCAACAUCGAGAAGGCCAACAACUCCCUCAUCAGCAACGACCGCAGCUGGAAGAGGAACAAGUUCCGCCUCACCUACGUGGCCGAAGCACCAGAACUCACGCAGGGUCUUUCCAACGUCCACAAGAAGCGAGUCUCCGCCGCGCGGCUCCUGAGUCGCCAGAACCUCCAGAGUCCUAAAUCCAGCCGAUCCACCAUCUUCGUGCGUCUCCACACCAAUGGGAAUCAGGAGCUCCAGUAUCAGCCCGGAGACCACCUGGGCGUCUUCCCUGGCAACCACGAGGACCUCGUGAACGCCCUCAUCGAGCGCCUGGAGGACGCACCCCCUGCCAACCAGAUGGUGAAAGUGGAGUUGCUGGAGGAGCGGAACACGGCUCUGGGCAUCAUCAGCAACUGGAAGGACGAGUCCCGCCUCCCGCCCUGCACCGUCUUCCAGGCCUUCAAGUACUACCUGGACAUCACCACGCCGCCUACGCCCCUGCAGCUGCAGCAGUUUGCCUCCUUGGCCACCAGCGAGAAAGAGAAGCAGCGUCUGCUGGUCCUCAGCAAGGGGUUGCAGGAAUACGAGGAGUGGAAGUGGGGCAAGAACCCCACGGUGGUGGAGGUGCUGGAGGAGUUCCCGUCCAUCCAGAUGCCGUCCACCCUGCUGCUGACCCAGCUGUCCCUGCUGCAGCCGCGCUACUAUUCCAUCAGCUCCUCCCCAGACAUGUACCCCGACGAGGUGCACCUCACCGUGGCCGUCGUCUCCUACCACACCCGAGAUGGAGAAGGACCAAUUCACCAUGGCGUGUGCUCCUCCUGGCUCAACCGGAUACAGGCUGGCGAAGUAGUCCCCUGUUUUGUGCGGGGUGCACCCAGCUUCCACCUGCCCCGGAAUCCCCAGGUUCCAUGCAUCCUGGUCGGCCCAGGAACUGGUAUCGCCCCUUUCCGAAGCUUCUGGCAGCAGCGGCAAUUCGACAUCCAACACAAAGGAAUGAGUCCCUGCCCCAUGGUCCUGGUCUUCGGGUGCCGGCAAUCCAAGAUAGAUCAUAUCUACAGGGAAGAGACCCUACAGGCCAAGAACAAAGGGGUCUUCAGAGAGCUGUACACUGCCUACUCCCGGGAGCCAGACAAACCAAAGAAGUACGUGCAGGAUGUCCUGCAAGAGCAGCUGGCCGAGCCCGUGUACCGAGCCCUGAAGGAGCAAGGGGGCCACAUUUAUGUGUGUGGAGAUGUCACCAUGGCUGCCGACGUCCUCAAAGCUGUCCAGCGCAUCAUGGCUCAGCAGGGGAAACUCUCGGAGGAGGAUGCCGGCGUGUUCAUCAGCAGGCUGAGGGAUGACAACCGGUACCACGAGGAUAUUUUCGGAGUCACCCUGAGAACGUACGAAGUGACCAACCGCCUUAGAUCUGAGUCCAUUGCCUUCAUUGAAGAGAGCAAAAAAGAUACAGACGAGGUGUUCAGCUCCUAACUGGAUCCUCCAGCACAGAGGGACGGCAGGCCGCCACCCCAAGUGCUGCGCAGGGGCGGCUGCAGGUUCCCCACGGGCGGACACUCGGCUGCACCUUUCCUCCGGGACCCCCGGGGUCCCCGCUCUGCCUCUGUCCCGUUGCUGUGUCCUGGUGUUCCUCCUCCGGGCUCCUGCCCCCCAGCGGCUUCCUGGGCCCUCCCGGGUCUGCUCCCUGAGCUUCCCCGCUGCCGUGCCAUGCCUUUGUGACCUGCGGUGUCUCUCACGAAAGCACGUCCUCCCUGCUCUCUGGCCACCGAGGGCAGAUCGUAGGCGCAUGAAAUCACCGGAUCGUGGCUGUGGCUCCUCGUAGGGCCUGUCCUCUGGGGCCUCCUGGAAAGGCUGCGGGUUCUGGACAGAAGUCUUCUGAACCGGGCCCUCUGCCUCUCGAGUCCCCCAUCUCUCUUGUGAUUGACGUUUGGGUCGUGUGUGUGCGUGUGCGUGGGACGGGCCUGGCUCUCCGUCUGUCCUGUUGCCUGUGCCAGCGUGUCGAUCUUAGAUCCGAGUCCACUGCCUUCGUGAAAGAUCCUCGGUGCCAAGAAACAUGCCCUUGGCCCACGUUGAUUCCUUGUGUGUCCCUAAUUAAGGGUCUGCACUCUGAAGCUCCCUAAAUAAGGGUAAGGGAACGGGAAGGGGCCGUGGUGAUGGAGAGGAUAAUCACCCCAUGAAACUGGGAAUCGUGGAAUUUGAUGCAUUUCGAUUCUGAGCCCAGACAGCAGAGCCCUGACGGCUAAUGGCUUGGGCAAACCCCCUCCCCAAACCCACCAGCCAGCGACACUGAUUGGACCACAUUCAUUGACCCCUUCCCAGGAAGGAAACCCCAUCCAUGAGGCCCAAAAGCAAUGCUGUCCACAGGAACAUGCUGGAAAUAUGGAUCUUUCCACUUUGCCAGUAUGGAUGAGUCACUUGUCCUAAGUUUCCCCUGAUCAAAUUGUCCCCAACCUGAAGGGGAUGAAUGGAUUGAGCCUUAAUGUCUCAGAGCGCGAAAUCAUGUCAAAGAAGAAUACGGUGGUUGAUCUCUUUUUCCUCCAAAUGGGGCUUGCCCACUGUACCUUAGGGUUCAGAUCAGUGAAGCCAAUUUAGGAGGAUCCCAGUGGAUAGAGGCCCCCAGUGAGGAACCAAAUGGAUUUUUCUAUGGGAACCAAGACUCGGGGCAGUAAGAAUGUGUCCCCGGGUCUUUCCACUUUCUAAAAUUGAUCUCCCAAUUUUUUAACCUGCUGAAAUAAUUUUAGCAAAUAAAUACCUUCCACUCAGAUCUGCCACCCCACCAGCCAAAAGAAAAAACUGGGUAGCAAAGUCUUCGGCAGGAAUUAGGGCAGGUGCAAUGUUUUCCUUCCGAGGUGGCCUGCAGCGUUCACCCUCUCGGAGCGAAAGGGGAGGGAGGUCCCUCCCACACUCAAGUGCUGAAAUCAAAUGCCAAGCAGGACCCAAGUCCCAUGACCCGCAGCCUCCUGGGGUCGCUCUGGGCCUGUUCGAGCCUUCUGUCUUGUUUGUUUUA